CCCCUCUCAGUGUGGAAGGAACUCAGUAUCUCACCUCAUCAUGACUACUAGAUCUGCGCUCCUGAUUCUGGCAGCCCUUGUUGGAUCCUGCACUCAGUUUACAGACACUGCCAACACUGAUGUAAGAGAAAAUGAACUGUCAGCAGAAAAUUCAGAGAAGACAGAAAGUUACAUGCCAAUACUUUGCUCACCAGUACCCGGCCGCUUGUCUCCAUCCUCCUCAGUUGAUGCUCUCAGACCUGCUGAUAUCUCAGCUGUUUACACCUUGGGAAUUCCUCUCUCAGACAGGGAUGAAGCAUCCAGAGUGGUCAGUGGGCUAGCUGAGUUGCUGUCCAUGUUUAACCCUGAAAUGAUAACUCAACACGUGGAUCAGACCUCACUGCAGCCCAGGAGUUUGUCGGAGGAAGCUGAGGAACUGUCUUUGUCCCUGUCGCAUCAGGUCUCAGACUGGAAGUUUGUGCUGCUGUUUGUCCCGGCAGAUUCCAUGUGUGCCUGUUCACCACAUGUUGAUGCAGAUGUUAAAGCUGUUGUGCAGGAUGUGGAAGCUGCUCUGCGGAUAUUGCAAAACAGGUUGCGUCACACUUUAAUUCAUGUGACAGUAUGGAGCACAUACCAUCAGCAGGAUAACAGGUGUGAGUGUAUGAGAGAUGAAAGCAUAAACCAACGCCUACGUAAAGCAACUCUUCUAAAAACGCUGCAGGAUUCUCUUAGUCAUGUCUUGAAAAAUUCAAGGUGGCACAGCGAAAGUGCAGACUUCGCUGCCGUGCUACAGUCUGUCCCAGUUAUCCUUGAACCCAACUCCAAUUCUGCUAACCCAUGGUCUGAAAUAAACCAACUUGCUCUACAGCUAUGGACAAACAUGCUUCAGCCACCGACAGGUCAGACAGAGGUCAUGGACAACGGUGUCGUCACUAUUCCUUGCCCUACCCAGGAACGACCUUUCCUACGGACACAGAGAAAUUCACCCACUGACAGAGAAAAGACAGUUUACAGCAAAGCCUCCACCCUAAUAGAUCCUGUUAUGGGCACUGAUGUACCUUGCACAGACCGUAGCCCUUCUCCCACUACACCAGCUUCAGUUCAUGAACUCAGACCUGGAGAUAUCAAGGUGGUGGCAGCAGUGGGCGAUUCCCUAACAGCAGCCAAUGGUGUGGGUGCACAGACAGACAACCUUCUGUUAGUGAUUAGAGAGUACAGAGGACUGUCAUGGAGCAUUGGUGGUGAUGAAAACAUUACAACUGUAACCACACUGCCAAACAUCCUGAGGGAGUUUAACCCCUUCCUGACCGGCUUCUCAGAGGGAAUAGCUAAUGAGAACAAUCCUAAGGCCUUUCUCAAUCAGGCUGUGGCAGGAGCAAAGAGUGGUGAUAUGGUGCAACAGGUGCGCAUCCUAGUGGACAAAAUGAAAAAUGAUUUGCGCAUUGAUUUCCACAAUGACUGGAAAGUGAUCACCAUGUUUGUUGGAGGCAAUGACAUAUGUGACUUCUGCACAGACAGUAUUUUUUUCUCGCCCAGGAAUGUGGUCAGUCGUAUCCGCGAAGCUCUGGAUAUACUCCACAAUGAAGUGCCUCGUGCCAUCGUCAAUCUGGUAGAGCUGUUAAACAUUAUACCACUUCGUGAUCUGCACAAAGAUAAGACUCUGGGCUGUCCCACCUGGUUUGUAAGUUUAAUUUGCCCCUGCAUACUGAAGCCUAAAGAAGGAUCCUCUGAACUCCAGAAGGCCAUUGACUUCAACAGAGCUUAUCAGCGUGCUAUGAGAGAGCUAAUUGACUCUGGGCGGUACGACACACAUGACAACUUCACCGUGGUGCUGCAGCCCUUCUUCAGAGAGGUUUUCCUUCCCAUGUCAGAGGAUGGCCGGCCUGAUCGCUCUUUCUUUUCACCUGACUGUUUUCAUCUCAGCCAGAAAGCUCAUACUCUCAUGGCACGUGCUCUUUGGAACAACAUGUUAGAGCCAGUGGGAAACAAAACUUUCACACAGGACUUUACAGCAGGCAUUGAUUUGAAGUGCCCCUCUGAGACCAACCCAUUCCUCAGAACUACUGUCAACAGCAACUACACCUUCCCAGGCCCUCCACCCACUCCUGCUCCUGUCCCAAACUGGGGAAGUGACUUCUCCUGUGUUAAUACAGCUCCAUCUGACUCUGUGCCCACUUCAGCUCACAGGUUACGGCCAGCAGACAUCAAGGUGGUGGCUGCUCUGGGAGACUCUAUAACAACUGGGUUUGGUGCUAAGGCAAAGAAUCUGCUGCAGCUAAGAACCGAGUACAGAGGAGUGUCGUGGAGCGUCGGAGGAGACAAAACUCUUGAUACUGUCACAACAUUACCCAAUAUUCUCAAGAAGUUCAAUCCUAAAAUCAAAGGAGUGUCAAGGGGACAAGGGAAAUGGCAGACUGGCUACAACAUGGCUGUAUCUGGGGCUAAAGUAGGAGGAAUCCCAGGGCAGGUCCAAAGUCUGAUAGAUACAAUGAAAAAUGACUCUUCAGUGGAUUUCCACAAUGACUGGAAGCUGGUGACCCUCUUCAUUGGAGGCAAUGACCUGUGUCAGUACUGCAACGACCGGGCGUCUUUUUCACCUCAGAACUACAGCCAUCAUAUGAUGACAAGCUUGGACAUUUUGUAUAAAGAGCUUCCCAGGACGAUAGUCAAUGUCUUGGAAAUCCUGGAAAUCGAAGGCCUUCGCAGGAUCAAAAGGAACAGUCUUGGGUGCAGUGUGUUACAAAAGUAUGUCUGCCCGUGCUUCCUGUUACCAGGAGAGGAUUCCCCUGAGCUGGCUGAAGUUAAACGGAUCAAUCGUGAAUUACAGAUUGAGACAGAAAAACUGGUCUAUGGAGGUCGCUAUGAUGGCAGAGAGGACUUUGCUGUGGUCGUGCAGCCCUUUUUUCAGAACUCUGUUAUCCCUUUGAAUGCUGACGGCAGACCUGAUGCUACCUACUUCUCUGAGGACUGUUUCCACUUCAGUGAACGGGGGCAUGCUGACAUGGCUGUAGCUCUGUGGAAUAACAUGUUGGAGCCAGUGGGUCAGAAACAGACAUACAACAAUUUCACAAAUGCCAGAAAUAGCAUCAAAUGUCCCACUGAGGAGCAUCCGUACAUCUUCACCAAAGUGAACAGCUUGCCCAGUUCGACCACCACUACAGCCCCCAAAACCGACAGUUCGACCACCACUACAGCCCCCAAAACCGACAGCACGGCACUACCUCAGAGCUCCACAACGUACAGCACAGCCCUGCCUCUUACCUCUUAUUGCUCAGACAAUGUGCCAGUAUGGCUUGCUGCUGUACUGGCGAGUAUUGGUCUGCUGAUUGGUUGGUCUGUCACCUGGCUCCUCCUCUCCUGCAGAGCCAGGAGAAGCAAGACGAGGAUGAUGGCUGCAGUGGAGAUGAAAGGCACUAUGUUUUAAAGUGCCACUUACUGUAUUUUUGUGCUGAACUAUCAAAGGAAAAACUCAAAGCAUCAUUUAAAGGGACUGUAGAGAACACAUUGUUUGUGGUGAUAAGGCAGUUUUUGAUAAUAUGACAUGAUAGGAUAGCCCUGUCUGCUACGCCUGGAGAAGCUAAUUAUUGUCCUUGAACCACAAAUCAUAUUACUGAAUGCAGAAGCGGCAAGGGUACACCAAUUUCAAAAGGUUGAAAAAAUUGUUGUAAGAUUUAAUACUCAUAAGGCAUAAUAAGGCAUAAUUAAAUGUUGUAGCUGGACUAACAACUGACUUGGUGAAACAAUACAAUCACACAGCCGCUAUAAAUCAAACAGAGGAGGUUUCAUGUGCAAAAAAAAGACUGACAUUACUGACUGCACAUUAACUUAUUUCUGCUGUUGUAUUUUUAAUUUUGUUAAAAUGAAAAUGUAUCUGAAAUAAGUACUGUCACACUUUAACCAGAGCUUUCACGUAAAUGUUGUCUGCACAAUACUUGCCUUAAAAAAUUUUUAUGUUCUUGAAGUAAAUGUACUCAGUUAAUCUUUCUGGAUGUGAUAACAGUACACUUAUAGAGUGUAGAUAUAAAUUACCUUUUUGCCAUUAUGGAUUCUUGCAAAUAAUGUUUAUUUU